AAGUGAGAUGAUCUGUCUUGUCAGGCAAUGGGCGGCAAUGGAGGAAGUCUUACCUGAACCUUUGCUCUGAUUAGCUCUUCGCCUUCGCCUGCCAUCGUCGAGGUAUCUUCUUGAUCUUGCGCCGUUCAGAGAGAGGCGACGGUCAUGCCAGACGCGCUUCUGCUCUUGUGAUGGUUCGUCGCGUUUGUCGUUUUGGUCGCCACAAGAAAUUCGAAAGAAAGUGCAACCAUGACCAUGACCAGGACAAGCUCGAAACUACUUUGUUGUGCGCUUGGUCUGGUGAUGAAGCGCUCUUUGCUGAGUCGAGCUAGCUACACUGCUCAUAUAGCUACCAGAGUUACAAAUACCUAUGCUUGUCGAUUAUGUGCUGGGGCCACGAGGCGCCUCGAUUCUCCGAGACUGCUUGCCACCCAUGCCCCGCUGAACGGCUGGUCGCACUACUCUGCACAGCCAGAGCACCACGAGCCGUCUGGGUCCUCGCCAUUCAGACCUGCUCUGGGUAGUUUCACGAGCAACUCGAGACCCGGACACGAACCAAAUGCCGGGAAACCCUCCGAGCAGGACAAUCUAGCCAAUUUUGGCAAGACACUCGAGACCAUUACAGCACACUUGCCGGCUCUCCUACAAGAAGGUCAUCUCCCGACUGAGAUUCUAUCGCCCAAUAUUGCGCUUGAACUAUUGCCUGCCACAAUGCGAUCCAUCGGUCCCAUACCAUUGCCGGUGGCACUACAAGUCCCAUUCCCAGAAAUUCGCGGCUUGUCUGCCUACAUGACUGCUUCGCGGAUCGGCUGCUGGUGUGUCAAUUUGCUCUUCGGUCCAUCUACAACUCAAGCAAACUUUUCGCUGUCUGGCACUUCGUCAGUGGACAACGCGCCGCUCUCUCUUGCAAUAGAGACACAGCAGCUUCUUGGUUCGUAUGAGUCACUCUCCGACGCUGCUGUAGACCGCAAUUCGAGCGCAAGUCAAAUUAAGUUCGAGCGUCUUGCACCCACCAAACAGAAACUUAUUAUUCGCUUCCGCCUCGUUGCGAAUGAUACCUCUCGCCCAUUGGCCUCUCGACAAACCACCUUGACAACUGGCCUUUUCCACUUUCACUUUGAUGAACACGGCAAAAUCUCUCGACAUGUGCUGGAAGUCCUCGAACAGCGACAUAGUCGUGCGCGAUAUCUAGCACGAUCAUGGAGUAAGCUGUGGUGGGCUGCAGCCGUACGCGCUGCAAAAAGGACGGCAUCAGGCAAAAAGGAGCCCGCAUUGGGCUGGGCGUGUGCUGAUCACAAUAAGCGAGAUCAAAGUCAGAAGUGACGAGAGUUCUGCACAGGUCGGUUUCUUCACAUCAAUUAUACUGUAGGUGCGAAACAAGCUGUCAUGAUGCUCAAAAUGCUGCUCAAGCUCACGUGAUAUCGCUCACGUCUCAGCAAUAG